AUGUUUAGUGAAUUACGUCGAAUGAACGUGCGACAGGUCGCCUUACAAUUCUUGAACAUCCUGACAAUUGCAGCAUCUGCGCUCAUGAUUUGGAAGGGAUUGGCUGUUGUCACAAAUACAGAGAGUCCCAUCGUAGUGGUUCUGAGUGGCAGUAUGGAGCCAGCCUUUCAUCGUGGUGAUUUAUUAUUUCUUACACUACCAAGAAAAGCACCUGUUGAAAUAAACGAUAUUUGCGUAUUCAAGUUACCAGAAAGACCUAUUCCCAUUGUACACAGAGUUGUCAAGAUUCACGAAGACGCAAAGACGAAAAAGGAAUACAUUUUGACAAAGGGUGAUAACAAUGCUCGAGAUGACCGUGCUUUAUACAACAGAGGGCAGAUGUGGAUCAACAGAGAGCAUGUUGUAGGAAAAGUCAGAGGAUUCUUGCCUUACGUUGGCAUGGUUACUAUUCUAAUGAACGAUUAUCCUUGGAUGAAAUUUGCAUUACUAGGUGUACUUGGUUUAUUUGUGCUUAUUCACAGAGAAUAA